AUGGCGAUCAAGAAGAUUCACGCUCGUUCCGUCUACGACUCCCGUGGCAACCCCACUGUCGAGGUCGACGUCGUCACUGAGACUGGCCUCCACCGUGCCAUCGUCCCCUCGGGUGCCUCCACCGGUCAGCACGAGGCUUGCGAGCUCCGUGACGGUGACAAGUCCAAGUGGGCCGGUAAGGGUGUCACCAAGGCCGUUGAGAACGUCAACUCGGUCAUUGCCCCCGCCAUCAUCAAGGAGGACAUCGACGUCAAGGACCAGAGCAAGGUUGACAAGUUCCUCAUUGACCUCGAUGGAACCCCCAACAAGACCAAGCUUGGUGCCAACGCCAUCCUGGGUGUCUCCCUGGCCAUUGCCAAGGCUGGUGCCGCUGAGAAGGGUGUCCCUCUGUACGCCCACAUCUCCGACCUGGCUGGUACCAAGAAGCCCUACGUCCUGCCCGUUCCCUUCAUGAACGUCCUGAACGGUGGUUCCCACGCUGGUGGCCGCUUGGCCUUCCAGGAGUUCAUGAUCGUCCCUUCGGCUGCUCCUACCUUCACCGAGGCCAUGCGCCAGGGUGCCGAGGUCUACCAGACCCUCAAGUCUCUUGCCAAGAAGAAGUACGGCCAGUCUGCUGGCAACGUCGGUGACGAGGGUGGUGUUGCCCCCGAUAUCCAGACUGCCGAUGAGGCUCUCGAGCUCAUCACCGACGCCAUCGAGAAGGCUGGCUACACUGGCCAGAUCAAGAUCGCCAUGGAUGUUGCCUCCAGCGAGUUCUACAAGGUUGAGGAGAAGAAGUACGACCUGGACUUCAAGAACCCCGAGAGCGACCCCACCAAGUGGCUCACCUACGAGCAGCUGGCCGACCAGUACAAGCAGCUCGCCUCCAAGUACCCCAUUGUCUCCAUUGAGGACCCCUUCGCUGAGGAUGACUGGGAGGCCUGGAGCUACUUCUACAAGACCUCUGACUUCCAGAUUGUUGGUGAUGACCUGACUGUCACCAACCCCAUCCGCAUCAAGCGCGCCAUUGAGCAGAAGGCCGCCAACUCCCUCUUGCUCAAGGUCAACCAGAUCGGUACUCUGACCGAGUCGAUCCAGGCCGCCAAGGACUCGUACGCCGGUGGCUGGGGCGUCAUGGUGUCCCACCGCUCUGGUGAGACCGAGGAUGUCACCAUUGCCGACAUCGUGGUUGGUAUCCGAGCUGGCCAGAUCAAGACUGGUGCCCCGGCCCGUUCCGAGCGUCUGGCCAAGCUCAACCAGAUCCUGCGCAUUGAGGAGGAGCUGGGCGACAACGCCGUCUAUGCCGGUGACAACUUCCGCACCGCUGUGAACCUGUAA